CCACUACCAGCUAGCUUCAGCUGAAGCUUUAUCCAUGGCGAGCUUAAGCUUCAACUCUUCGAGACUGAGAACCCCAGCGUUUCAAUCUCAGAAACCCAUUUCCAACUUCAAAAAACCCAUUAAAAUCCCAUUCAGUUUCUCCUCGAGCCCUCCCAGAAGCUGGCCAAAACUACGCCGUUUCGGGGGGUCGAGUUCCGUUUCAGGAAGCUCGGUUUCGAUGCAAGAAGAAGUGGAAAUUGAGGAGGAAGAAGAAGAAGAAGAUGACCCAACUGUCGAGCUCUGCUAUCUCGACCCUGAAACGAAUCCCAACAGCCUUACUGAAUGGGAGCUUGAUUUUUGCUCAAGACCCAUUCUUGAUAUCAGAGGGAAGAAGCUUUGGGAGCUUGUGGUUUGUGAUGAGUCUUUGUCAUUGCAAUAUACUAAGUACUUUCCCAAUAAUGUGAUCAAUAGUAUUACUUUGAAGGACGCCAUUGAGGGAAUCAGUGAAGAUUUGGGUAUUCCUUUACCUGAUAAAAUACGCUACUUCAGGUCACAAAUGCAGACAAUUAUAACAAAGGCUUGUAAUGAGCUUGGUAUAAAACCUGUUCCUAGUAAAAGGUGUGUAUCACUGCUGUUAUGGUUGGAUGAAAGAUUUGAGACUAUAUAUACUCGUCAUCCUGGUUACCAGAAAGGAGCUAAGCCGCUUCUCGCUUUAGAUAACCCUUUCCCAAUGGAACUUCCGGAUAAUCUUUUUGGGGAUAGAUGGGCUUUUGUCCAAUUACCUUUGUCAGCUGUUCGGGAGGAGAUUUCAUCCUUAGAAUCAAAACUUGUAUUCGGUUCAAGUUUAGAUUUGGAUUUGUUGGGGAUUGAAAUUGAUGACGGCACAUUGAUCCCAGGGUUGGCUGUUUCUUCUUCACGAGCUAAACCGCUAGCAGCUUGGAUGAAUGGCCUGGAAGUGUGCUCAGUAGAAGCAGAUGUGGCCCGGGCUUCAUUGAUUCUUUCGGUAGGAAUUUCGACAAGGUAUGUCUAUGCAACUUACAAGAAAAGCUCAGUGACCACAAAUGAAGCUGAAGCCUGGGAAGCUGCCAAGAAAGCUGCUGGAGGUUUGCAUUUCCUUGCCAUUCAGGAGGACUUGGAUUCAGAUGACUGUGUUGGGUUUUGGCUUCUACUGGACUUGCCUCCUCCACCUGUAUAAUCUAAUGUUGCUUUGAAAAAAGACAAGUUUAAUCACAAUACAUUUUGUCUUCUCAAA